UUCACAUUCACUACACAAAAAGCCAAGGGAACCUCUGCGCCCAGUGUCAUGGAAGGAGAGGGGAUCACUAUUUCCCACUGGAUAGCAAGCCCUGUGUGCUACCAGGAGCACUUCAAAACCAGGAAUCUCACUGAAUGCACUGAAGAUCAUCGACUGUUUGCCCUGCCAGGACCUGAAUGUCUGCCGGUUAAAAUGGACACUGAAGGGAGGCAAACAGUCACUGAGGACGAGGAUUCAGGAGAGCCAUUAUUUCAAAUCCUGCUGGACGUGACUCAAUUUAAACCAGAAGACAUCCUCAUACAGGUCUUUGAGGGGCGGCUGCUGAUCAGAGGUUGGCACGGGGUGAGGAUGGACGAGCAUGGGUUUGUGUCACGGAGUUUCACCAGACACUACCAGCUGCCUGACCAUCACCUCCAGGCGAGGGACCUCAAAGCCAUGCUGUGUCGUGAUGGGAUACUAGUGGUGGAGACCAAGGACCGAUGGUGGCCAGCGUGUGAUUAG